AAACGAUUGGAUACCGAUAUCCGGCCCAUUCGUUAAUAAGGCCUGGUUUACCCAUACUUUGGUCUUUGGUUGAACCGUCUAACCGUCUUCCAGGAACUCUGAGACCGCGAGUCUGCCACAUCCCUUGUUCUUCUACUUGAUAGUUCUAGAUACUUCUCGAUCCCGAAAUUCCUCGGCUCUUGCCCACAUUAGCGUAAUCAUCAUUUGUUGUAUUCUAUCAUUCGCUUGUGAAAGCUCAAACAGUGAUUAGGAGUGUUUUCUGACUUUACAGCUAAAGAGUAAUGGCAAAAGAGGGACCUAACUGGGAUGGUUUGCUCAAGUGGAGCAUCUCCCAUGCCGACGGCACUCGUCCGGCUCGUAAUUUAAGUGAGGAGGACAGGAAAUGGUUUAUGGAGGCCAUGCAAGCUCAAAGUGUUGACAUUCCAAAGCGAAUGAGAGAGAUUUCUCUUGUAAUGCAAACCCCUGAGCAUGUGCUAGAAUCACAAGGGAUCAGUCCUCAGGAUAUUGAAGGUUUGUUGGAUGAGCUGCAAGAGCAUGUUGAGUCUAUUGACAUGGCUAAUGAUCUCCAUUCAGUUGGCGGGUUGGUGCCUCUCCUGGGUUACUUGAGGAACUCACAUGCUAAUAUCAGAGCUAAGGCUGCAGAAGUUGUGAGUACAGUUGUUCAGAACAACCCCAGGAGCCAGCAAUUGGUGAUGGAAGCCAGUGGCUUGGAACCCCUCCUCUCAAAUUUCACAUCAGAUGAUGAUGUUACUGCUCGCACAAUGGCUUUGAGUGCCAUCUCAUCUCUUAUCAGGCACAAUAAAGCCGGGGUUACUGCAUUCCGCCUUGCAAAUGGUUAUGCAGCUCUGAGAGAUGCUUUUGGAUCCGAGAGUGUGAGGUUUCAAAGGAAAGCACUGAACUUGUUUCAUUACUUGCUGAAAGAGAACCAUUCAGACUGCUCUGUUGUGAGUGGGCUUGGAAUCCCCCGAAUACUGAUGCAUCUUGCCUCCAGUGAGGACGGGGAGGUGAGAGAGGGUGCACUUCGAGGGCUGCUUGAGAUAGCACAAGACACCAGAGGACAAACAAAUGAUGAUGGUUCCUCUGGAGUGGACGACGAGAAACUCAAACAAUUACUACAAGAGAGGAUUGAUGGUAUCAGCAGGAUGUCCCCAGAAGAUCUUGGUGCUGCGAGAGAGGAAACACACCUUGUUGAUUCCCUUUGGAAUGCCUGCUAUAAUGAGCCGUCUCCCCUCCGAGAGAAGGGGCUGCUUGUUCUCCACGGAGAUGACCAACCACCGGACGUUGCCAGUAAGCUUUUUGAACCACCACUUAGGGCUUGGGCAGCAAAUAGGAAUACUGUUGAUACAAAGGCUAGCGUAAAAAAAGAGACUCCAUUACUGCUUGGACCGGGCCAUCUACCAAAUGAUGCUUCCAUCCAAAGUUUUCCGAGUGGAUCCACGGCAACGGAAGAAAAUAUAAAUCCUUCGUCUUGAAGACUAUAGUGUGUGAUAUUUUCCGAGGCUCGAGACUGAAAAUGUUAAACCUAUUCACAUAAUAUCACCCGUUUCUUCUAAGUAGUUGUAUUCUGUUUUUUGGAUCAUGAGUGUAACAGGCAGCUUUCACUUUUAUCAGAAUGACAUUGUUUAAUCAGUUGUGCAUACGGUACUAAUUGGACCCAGUCCCAAAUCUGUGGAACUUCAACAGAAAUGUGGGGUACCAAUCCGGUUUCUGCCUGAGUCUGUUCCAGUUCUUGGUCUUGUUUAUUGCAGUUUGAGCCAUAUUUUAUUGAAAAGUGUUUUCUGCCAGAACCCGUCAGCAUAUAUGGUCUACAGUUGAUUCUUCU